CCUCAACACGACCAGAUCCCGCUGAGGCAGUCGAUCUUUUGAAUCUCCGUCAAUAUAUCCAUUCACCUGACCCAAGAUGGGUGUCCAGAAGAAGACUCGCAAAUUCGCCCAGGUCAAAAGAAUCAUUUCACAACGAGACGCUCGCCUCAAAAAGAAUCAAGACACCAACAAAACUGCAGACAAGAAGAAAAAGGACGACGAUGUCAUACGAGAAGUACCCCAAGUCUCAUCGGCACUCUUCUUCCAGUAUAACACCGCCCUGGUUCCCCCGUACAGCGUGCUUGUCGACACGAACUUUCUCUCCCACACCGUACAGAAAAAGCUCGAGCUGCUACCGACUAUGAUGGAUGCACUUUAUGCAAAAUGCACACCAAUCAUCACCGACUGUGUGAUGGCCGAACUCGAGAAGUUGGGACCCAAAUAUCGCAUUGCCCUCCGUAUUGCUCGAGACGAACGAUGGGAAAGAUUAAAGUGUGGACAUAAAGGCACGUAUGCUGAUGACUGCAUCGUCGACAGAGUGCAAAGAGACAAGAUCUAUAUCGUUGCUACAAACGACAGAGACCUCAAAAGAAGAGUACGCAAAGUGCCGGGUGUCCCCAUUAUGAGUGUCGCAAGAGGAAAAUAUGUUAUUGAGAGAUUACCAGACGCACCGGAAAAGUGAUGGAAACAAAACAUCGUCACAUUACGACACUAUUCAAGAAUUUUGCAGUCGCAUCCAUUCUGCGGAUCCCCAAAGUACAAUACAUGUCCAACAUGGCAUUCCACGGUCGUCAAGCUCUGACCUUCCACACGGUCCAUUCGAUCCCCCAGGCAACAAAUGCUAGCAGCACCGCACUUAGAAUGCAUAGUGCCAAGAUUACUUUACGUCGCAAUUGGAAUGCCUCGUCCAUCUCCUUCUUGGCUAAUUUGCGUUGAUGGGAAUGGUAGUAGGCAUCCUUGCUGUUGGACUGCCCAAAUAUACCACCUGCGGUUUGGCGGUCGAUGAAGAAUAACGAGAUCAGGAAUGACACAAACAGUACCGGCGCGACUAUGAGUCGAGUGUAGAUCGAUUCGCGGAUGAAUUCCUCCGAAACUGUUGUGGCUGUCUUUACAGACAUCACUCUGGAUCGGUCGGUAUCGUCGGCAGAAAUGUUGGCCACCUCAUAGGGUUCGAGACAGGCGUACAAGGACGAAUAUGAUCCUUCCGCCUUGAGCGAUAGGGUUUCUGGACUGCUGAAGUGAUGUUGAGGCAAGAAUUUGUGGUUAUACUUGGUUGAAUUGACGUUGUCUACCGAGGAGAAGAGUCGUUUGCUUAGUCACUAAGAGUGUGAUGUCAGUCGUCAGACUCGCCAAAAGUGCUUUUGCGACACAUCUACGCACGUUUGCCGGUGUUACUGCGGAAUGAUGCGGCUUUAUGCCUGUAGCACAGACAAAGAGUAUCUCUCCCAUUUUGAAAGUCUCGAAAGCCAGAUACGUCAGGUUAUAUAUCAGUAUCUUGGGCAUGGGGCUCAUGUUGCACCUGGUCGGAUGCUUUAGCGAUUGGCUUGGACUUGACCCACUGGGGCGUUGAAUCCGUGCUCCCGUCCAAAUUUGGUAUUAUUGUAUUAUAUCUGCCUGGCUCGCC